AUGGGUUGUUAUUAUUAUUCCAUAAUAUUCUAUGUUGUUUUGUUUCUCUCCAUUGAAAAUUCUUUGACUUCUUCAUUUGAAGAUCAAAAGAGAGAUAAGAUUAGUUGGUUACCAGGGCAACCAGAGAAUGUUGGAUUUGAACAGUAUUCAGGUUAUGUGACUGUGAAUGAACAGAAUGGAAGAGCACUGUUUUACUGGUUGACUGAAGCACCACUGAGCCGUGCACCCAAUUCAAGGCCACUGGUUUUAUGGCUUAAUGGUGGUCCUGGUUGUUCUUCUAUUGCUUACGGUGCUUCUGAAGAAAUUGGUCCUUUUCAUAUUAAGUCUGAUGGCAAAUCACUUUACUUGAAUCCUUAUGCUUGGAACAAUUUGGCAAAUAUACUGUUUCUUGAUUCUCCUGCUGGUGUUGGUUUUUCUUAUUGUAAUAAAACAGAAGAUAUGCACACAUUUGGUGACCAGAAAACAGCGGAAGAUGCAUACAUUUUUCUUGUUAAUUGGUUUGAAAGAUUUCCUCAAUAUAAGCAUAGAGAAUUCUUCAUGGCCGGCGAAAGUUAUGCAGGUCAUUAUAUUCCUCAACUGGCUCAAAUCGUUAACAAGCGAAAUAAGGGAAUCAUCUAUCCAACUAUAAAUUUUAAGGGAUUUAUGGUUGGAAAUGGUGUGACAGAUGAUUAUCAUGAUUACGUUGGUACAUUCGAGUACUGGUGGACACAUGGUUUGAUUUCAGAUUCCACAUAUAAGAUGCUAAGAACUUCCUGUGAUCUGGGGUCCUCUCAGCAUCCAUCAAAACAAUGUUUACAUGCUCUUACAGUUGCACAAGCCGAGACGGGAGAAAUUGAUGGAUAUAGCAUUAAUACACCACCUUGUAACAAUACAUCAUCAUCGCUUAGACGCGGCUUGAACCGUCGUUAUCCAUGGAUGUAUAGAGCAUAUGAUCCAUGUACCGUAAGGUAUUCUGAUGUGUAUUUCAAUCGACCAGAAGUUCAGAAGGCCUUUCAUGCCAAUGUAACAGAAAUUUCUUAUGCAUGGAAGGCAUGCAGUGAAAUUCUUUGGAAUUAUUGGUCUGAUUCACCAUUUUCUAUGCUUCCUAUCUAUCAAGAACUUAUUAACGACGGUCUCCGAAUAUGGCUAUACAGCGGAGACACUGAUGCUGUACUUCCACUGACUGCAACUAGAUAUUCUAUUGCUGCUUUGAAGCUACCAACCAUCAUCAAUUGGUACCCUUGGUAUGAUAAUGGCUUGGUUUGUGGAUGGAGUCAAGUUUAUAAAGGGCUCACAUUCGUGACAGUACGAGGCGCUGGACACGAGGUUCCUCUUCAUAAGCCGCGCGAAGCGUUUAUUCUUUUUAGAUCAUUCUUGGAGAACAAAUACAUGCCACCAUCAUCAAGUUAA